CUCCUCCCCUGUAGACUGCUCGUCUGAGGCGCGUAUCUCCAUCCUCAGCAGCAGCAGCUCCACGGAGACACGCACAGCACUUUACGCACGGCUGAUCACCAUCCACUGGCUGUUCUCAUGACUUCCAAACUUUCUCUGGAGUGGAAUAUAAAACACCGGCGUCCAAUGGAUUGGUGACGUUUGAGUAGGACCGUUAUUGUUGCUGCAGUGAGUUUUUUUUAAUAGGACUUUGAUGUGGACUCAGUCCUUAUCUUCUGUCGGAUGAUGGCGCGGAUAGUCUCCGUCAUUCCAGUACUUGGCGUCAUACUGAAAAUCACUUUUGUUGUUGCCAUAGAACUCCGGUUUAUAUCUGAUCCACCAACGCUUAACAUCCAUGGCGUCCACCGGAUGAACAAAUCCGACAACCUUGAACUAACGUGCAGAGGGCAGCAAAACCUCAAGUGGACAACCCCUGCUACAAGCACUCGCUUCUCCACCAGUGACUGCAGCGGAUCAGGACUCUUCUGCAAAACACUGACGAUCACCAACGCAACUGUCAAUGAAACUGGACAGUAUCAGUGCUCCUACACAAACCUGAAAGUUGAAGACGGCAAGACGGCAGCGUCGGUUUAUGUUUUUGUCCAUGAUUACAAGGUGCCAUUUGUGCCAUCUGAUAAAGAAUAUGAGGUGGUGUUCAUCCGUGAAGGAGAGCAGGUGGUGAUACCGUGCCGAGGCUCUGUGGAGGAUCUUAAUGUAACUCUCAACACUAAAUAUCCAGUGAAGGAGCUUCAUCCUGAUGGUAGGGAAUCUAUGUGGGACGCCAAGAUAGGCUUCACUGUUCCCACUCAUCUGAUCAGCUACGCCGGCGUUGUGUCCUGCCAGACUCAAAUUGGAAAUGAGACCUUUAAGUCCCCUCUCUACAUUGUGGCCGUCGUUGGAUUCAAGAUUCAUGAACUCACCGUGACCCCGUCUCAAGUGACGCUGUCUGUUGGCGAGCGGCUGACGCUCAGCUGCACGGCCAACACCGAACUCAACGUGGGCAUCGAGUUCAACUGGACGCACUCCGGUGGAGUCCUGACCUCAGGUGAGGGUUUCAGGCCGUCCCACGCAGUGUCCCACAAGAAGAAGCUGUGGAACUCCCUGGAGCUGUCCAACACACUCACCGUGGAGAAUGUGACGGUUGACCACACAGGGGAGUUCAUCUGCACUGCCUCCAGCGGGAAGAUGCAGAUGUCCAAGUCGGCAAAGCUUAAAGUUUAUGAAAAACCUUUUAUUGAAAUAAAGGAACCGUGGAUGAAGGUAUGGGAGGUAACCGUGGGCGAUCAGAUGGUUGCACAGAUUCCUGUCAAGUACUCGGCGUACCCUGAGCCCAGCUUUAAAUGGUUAAAAAAUGACCAGCUGCUGAAGGAAGGCUACAGGAUAAAACUGAGAAGUGAUGUCAUCACCAUCCGUGGAGUCACAGAAAUGGACGCAGGGAAUUACACAGUGGUCCUGUUCAAUAAGAUCACUAAAGAGGAACAGAAGCGCUCUUUCCAGCUACUCAUUAAUGUGCCUCCUCGUAUCAUUGAGAAGGAGGUGGCAGUGGGCACCGAUGUGUACCCGUAUGGCAGCAACCCCAUCCUGAGGUGCACUGCCCGUGGAUUUCCCAUACCUGCACACAUCAAGUGGCAGUGGAUGUCCACAGAGGACUGUCCGAUAACCUUCCUGCCAGGGCUGGGCAAGUCUGACAUAAGGUUGAGGGACUGCGCGGAUUGGAGGGACAUCAGCAACAGCACUGGACACAACCACAUAGAACGAAUUGCGACGGACACAGAUCAUGCCCAAAAGAAAAUCAUGAGCUCUUUGAAGAUUCAGAAAGCAGAGACCAAAGCCCUCUACAAGUGCACGGCUUCCAACAAAGUGGGACAAGAUUCACGCAUCAUUUAUUUCCAUGUGACACGCGGCCUUGAGGUGAGCAUGUCUCCGUCCAGUGAGCCUUUGGAGGAGGACCACGUGGUUCUGCGGUGUAAAGCAGACAGGCACAUCUACAGAAACCUGGCCUGGUUCCGUGUGGCCAACACGUCCCGGUCGGAGCCGUUUGCCUCGGUGGAGCCUUGCCGCAACCUCACCCUGCUGCGGAGGCCCCUGUCGCCGACCGUGUCGUCCACCCAGCAGGGCACCAACGUGACCCUGGAGCUUUCGCUGCCCAGAGCGUCCCGACAGGAUGAGGGCUUUUACGCGUGUCAGGUGGAAAACAUCAAGACUGGAGAGAGAACCUGUCUGCUACGGCGCCUGUCCCUCAAAGAUCUUGAGGCUGCAAGGAUCCUUAACAAUUUCACCGACCAAAAGGUUAACGUGAGUGCCACGAUCACUCUCCACUGCGAGGCCGCCGGGACUCCAGAUCCAACUGUGGUGUGGACCAAGAACAACCAGACCGUGGUGGAGGGCUCAGGUGUGAUUCUGAGCCACCGCAACCACAGUCUGACCAUCCAGCGUGUGAAGAAGGAGGACGGCGGCCUGUACACCUGCACUGCAUGUAACAACCGUGGCUGUGACACCUCACAGACCUAUCUGGUUACGGAAGGGGCAGAGGAGAAGACUAAUGUGGAGCUGAUCGUCCCUAUUGGGUCAGUCGUCAUCGCCAUGUUUUUCUGGUUACUGAUCGUCUUUGUCAUCCGCGGAAGAAAGAGACCAAGCGGAGGGGAGCUGAAGACGGGAUACCUGUCCAUGAUCCUUGACUCAGAGGACAUGCCCAUGGACGAGCAGUGUGAGAGGCUCACCUAUGAUGCUAACAAAUGGGAGUUUCCCCGGGACAGGCUGAAACUUGGUGAGCCACUGGGGCGAGGAGCAUUUGGCCAGGUGGUAGAAGCAGCCGCCUUUGGCAUUGAGAAAGCUACCACGUGCACUACGGUUGCAGUCAAGAUGCUUAAGGAGGGAGCCACGUCUAGUGAGUACCGUGCCUUGAUGUCAGAGCUGAAAAUUCUCAUCCACAUUGGACAUCACCUCAAUGUUGUCAACUUGCUGGGAGCCUGUACAAAGCCUGGAGGGCCGCUGAUGGUCAUUGUUGAGUACUGUAAACAUGGAAACCUCUCGAGCUACCUGAAGAGCAAGCGCGGAGAGUACAGCCCCUACAAGAGAAAGCGGUUGGAUAGCCAGAGGUGGGCGCCUGCAGAAGAGGAUGUGACUGAAGGCGACCUGGGUCUGGGGAAGAUUGCUCAGCUAGACAUCUGCACAGGGACAGCUGUCUGCUCCAGUACUGGGGACCAGGCUCCAGGCUGCAACACGGACGAUCAGGAAGAGAGUUCAGAUGAUGACCAUCUGACCAUGGAAGACCUGAUAAGCUACAGCUUCCAGGUGGCUAAAGGAAUGGACUUUCUGUCUUCUCGCAAGUGCAUCCACAGAGACCUAGCAGCCAGAAACAUCUUGCUUUCGGAGAACAACGUGGUGAAGAUUUGUGACUUUGGCCUCGCUAGAGAUGUGUACAAAGACCCUGACUAUGUCCGCAAGGGAGAUGCACGUCUCCCUCUAAAGUGGAUGGCUCCUGAGACCAUCUUUGACCGGGUUUACACCACACAAAGUGAUGUUUGGUCCUUUGGCGUCCUUCUCUGGGAGAUCUUUUCAUUGGGGGCUUCUCCUUAUCCUGGAGUUUGCAUCGAUGAGUCCUUCUGCAGGCGGCUCAAGGAAGGCACCAGGAUGAGACCCCCUGAGUAUGCCACCACAGAGAUAUACCAGACCAUGUUGGACUGCUGGCUGGAUCGUCCUACAGACAGGCCGACGUUCGCAGAACUGGUUGAACAUCUGGGAAACCUGCUCCUGGCCAGUGCCCAACAGGAUGGGAAGGAUUAUAUCCCCUUGACAGCAGGUGAAGCAGAGGGAUGCCCACUGGGCCCUGACCCCAGGAUCCCUUAUGGGAGUCACCAGAGUGGGGAAGUCCUGGAAGCUCAGCUCCACUACGACCACCCGUCGUCACUUGGACUGUCCCAGCAGACUGAGAGGUGUAGCCGGCCCCUCAGUGUGAAGACGUUUGAAGACAUCCCCGUGGCACGCAGCAGCGUCAUGGAGGGUCAUACAGACAGUGGGAUGGGCUUCUCACAUGAGGAGGUAAAAGGUUUGAAUCAACAGCUACCAACCACGCCCAACUUCAGUCAGCUGAUGCGCUGUAAGAGUAAAGAGUCGCUGGCUUCGGAGUCGUCCAAUCAGACGAGCGGAUAUCAGUCAGGGUACCACUCGGACGACACAGACACUCCGAUCUAUGCCAACGAGGAGGUGAUCAUGAAGCACAACAUGCUGAAGAAGCCUCCGCUGCCCAAGACGCCUGACAAGUUCAACACGGAGAUCCGCUAUAGCACGCCGCCUGUCUGACCCCGCAUGUUCCCCAGCAGAUUAACCCUGGGUCUCUUCACUGUACAGUAUUUGUUCAUUUUCCGCAGGUGUUACACUCUAGAAACAAUGGCAACACAUGCAGUAGAACUGGGUUGACCAUCGCGUUGAGAUAUUUUCACAAGCGAUAACUUAAAAAGUCAGAUGGGAGAAAUUAAGUUUGUAUGAUAAGUUUGUAGUGCAGCUCUCUUUGGACGGCCGGAGGAACGCUAUCAUGUUUACACAGCAUGUAAAAUGUCUGAGGAGCCCAAACGAGAGGGCAUGCCUACUUCCUGAGGCGCAAUCCACCCCACUUCCUCUACUGCAGGAAAUGGCAUCUGGAAUUUUUAGAUAAUUGAAUCAGCAAAUGUUUUCUUUCUUUCACUAUUCUUUUCUUUAGUUUUUCUUUUUUUUUCCCAGUUCACUGAAUGGUUGAUUUUCUCUCAAAUCAUUGUUUCUAGCGUCAUAUUUGUACAGUUCCUUUAUUCAUAUUACUUCCAGUAUUUUAUUGAAAGUGUAUUACUAAACCUGCUAUAAAUUUAACUAGUUUUAUAAAAUAAAUAUACUCACACGUUAAA